CGACGGAGGGCUGUCACGGUGGUCAACGAUACUGGAGCUGUGCCGUGGAAAGAUCUGACCCUUGGCGAGAAGGCCGCCCGUACGACACAACAGUCGUUCAACUUCGGUCUCGUGCUCCUCGGCUUUGGACUGACUGGAGGCGUGGCUGUUGUACUAUGGCUCGAGGUCUUCUCUACAGACAGCAAGACGGCAUACUUCAAUCGAGCGGCCGACAGGGUUCGAGCUGACCCGAAAUGUCGCGAGAUCCUCACUGGAGAGAGCAUGAGCCGCAAAAGAGAUGUGCAGGCUUACGGCGAGCCAAGCUGGAGCAGAUGGGCAAGGAACAGAAUCAUCGCGAGCCGAUUGGAGACGGAUAGAGCUGGCGUCGAACAUCUACAUAUGCAUUUCUACGUGGAGGGAAAAGCAGCAAAGGGUACCGUGAAUCUGCACAUGACGAAACGACCUGGAGAAGACUUCGAAUAUCAGAUGCUGGCUCUCGAUGUGCCUGGCCAGCAGCGAUACUACCUGGAGAACGCCAGCAGCCCGCAGAGAAAGGUCGGAAAGAUGUUUGGCGUGAAUUGG